GAUAUUGUGUUGAAAGCAUACAUGCACUGCGAAGGAUGCUGUAAAAAAGUUUCCAAAUGCUUGAAAAGUCUUGAUGGCGUUGAAGAUGUCACCAUAGAUAUUGCAAAUCACAGGGUGGUUGUGAAGGGCAAAAGAGCCGAUCCACAGAAAGCCUUGCAAAGGCUUCGGAACAAGUAUAGUAGAAACGUUGAGCUUAUCUCUCCGCUGCCAAAAUCCAAUAAUGAAAAGAAAAAAGAACCCGAAAAGAAGAAAGAGGAGGUCCAAGUGAAGGUUGUGGCCCUCAAAAUGUACAUGCAUUGUGAAGGUUGUGCAAAUGAUAUCAAGAAAAAUAUAGAGAGAAUGAAAGGAAUCCUAACAGUGGAAGCAAAUAUGGAAACCUCACGAGUGACGGUGAGGGGAGUGUUCGACCCACCAAAACUCGUUGAAAUCAUCAAGAAGCGACUUGGAAAACACGUAGAGAUUGUGAAGCAAGAACAUGCAGAGAAAGGAUCACAUGACAAGAGUAACAAAAAAGAUGCAGAAGGGGAAAAAGGGGGAAAUGUUUUCCAAUAUCCUCCCCAAUACUCAACCCAACAUAUUUAUCCCAACCAAAUGUUUAGUGAUGAAAACGUUUUUUCAUGCUCAAUAAUGUGA